CUUCUUCUUCCCCACCAAACCCUACAUCUCCAUCCACCCCUCACGCCCUCCGCCCAUGGCCUCCACCUCCAGCGACUGCCCCCCGUCAUCCCCGGCCGCGCCGGACUCCGCUUUCCUAGACGACCGUCCGCUCUUCCUCGACCAGGGCUCCUGCUCCUUCUUCCCCGCGACCACCUCGCGAGAGCCCCUGCCGCCUGCCCCGGGCUCAUCAGCCGCGGCGCGCAAGCCGCCGCGGAAGCGCCCGCGGGCGACGCGCCGGCCGCCCACCACCGUGCUCACCACCGACACCACCAACUUCCGCGCCAUGGUGCAGGAGUUCACCGGCAUCCCGGCGCCGCCGCCGUUCGCGCCCCACCUCGGCCCCGGCGUGCUCUUCGGCGCCCCCCACGAUCCCGCCGCUGCGGGCACGCGCGCGCCCUUCGAGCUGCUGACGCGCCGCCCGUCGCCUCUCAAGCUCCCCGUCGCGCCGCACGCCUCGCCUCCCGCCGGUUCAUUCGCGCACUCCCUGUUCCCCAACAGCAACAACCCGGAUCCAGCUGGCUCGAGCUCUGAAUUGUACAGCAGGUUCGCGCCGGCGCUCUCCGAUGCCGUCCCGCGAUACGACGGCGGCUUCGAGGCGGCGGAAGACGAGAGGGUGGGACACGGCGACGGUCUCUUCUCGUCUUUGUUGCACGCCGGGGAUAGGUACCACGGCCACUAGCCGUGUGCCCCUGGAGGUGAGAGGAAGAAGAUGCUAGUUUCUUUCGUCUUCUAUACCAGCUGGUCACACUGCUGCGGUCGUGCAUGCUAUAGCCCCAUGACAAGAUUAAUUCAACCUAUACGGUAUGUUUAGCCAAAGAACUCUUCUGGAUUUUGGUGUGAGAGAUGUAAAUAUAAGGUUUUCAUCUCUUAUUUUGUCUA